AUGGCUACUACGGAAAUCCCAACCCUUGCGAUUCCUGGCAGAGUACUCGGCCCCGUGUCCAAAUACGCGCCGGGCGCCGGAACACACAUCUUCGAAGGCAACGUGGUGUCGUCGUUGAUGGGCAACGUGACCAUCAUCCCGCCCUCCAAAACACCCGGCCCCGCGAAACGACUCAACAAAAUCACGGCGCCCGUAUCCGACGAGCUCUCUACGAUUACCGUCGCGCGUCACGGCCGCAAGCGCGAGAUCCUCCCCGACGUCAACAACAUUGUGCUAGCCCGCGUGGUGCGUCUAAUGCCCAAGCAAGCCAUUGUCGUGAUCCAGCAGGUCGGCGACACGGUGCUGCAGACGGAAUGGCAGGGCGUUAUUCGAGUGCAGGAUGUUCGAGCCACGGAAAAGGACAAGGUAAAGAUUUACGAGUCGUUCAAGCCUGGCGAUGUUGUCCGGGCCCAGGUGAUUUCGCUGGGAGACCAGGCCAACUAUUAUCUGUCGACCGCAUCCAACGAGCUCGGCGUCAUCAUGGCGACGAGCGAGGUUGGCAACGACAUGGUGCCGGUCAGCUGGAAAGAGUUCAAGGAUCCCGAGACGGGCGCCGGUGAGCUGCGCAAGGUUGCCAAGCCGGCUUGA